ACUCCUCGCAAAGUGCUCGGCCUACAAAGUACGUCAUCUUCAGCUGUUAUACAUACAAGAGAUAGACGGCAUAGAAACGGACGUGGUUCGAACACAGAGUACAAUAAACACAGCAUCGGAUUGAUUGCGUUGCCUAUGCGUACGACUCAUAAUCAUUGAUACGAAAUAGGUUAGGUGCUGACGGACCCACUUAUAGGUGUAACGUGCCUCAAAACAGAACUUUGCUCACACGGUUAACUUACGCGUCGAACUCCCAAGAAGUCAUGUCCGAAAGGGCGCUUUGCAAGGGAGCCACGAAACCCCAAGGCCCAUCCGAAGGUACAGUUCGACUGUAUAGUAUGCGUUUCUGCCCUUGGUCUGCCAGAUGCCGACUGGCUUUGCUAGCUAAGAAUAUAGCGCACGAGAUUGUAAAUAUCAACCUGCGCCGUCAACCUGAGUGGUUCAUGGAACUCAACCCUGCUGGAUCUGUUCCGGUCCUUGAGAUGCCAGAUGGAACCAUUAUAAUAGGCUCAAUGCCAAUCAUCGAGCACGUUGAAACGUUGGACGGAGAGAGUUUGUUCGCGAAUAAGGAAGAAGAGCUCUUAUUCAUCGAGAAAGCUAAAGGUCUAUUUAAAACAACGUGCGAUCUUAUAGAGGGAAAAUGUGGAAGUGAUCUCUCCCCGAAUAUGUCGGCAGAGUACCACAAAAACAUGAAUGAAAUUGAGGCUCAUCUCAAGAAAAAAGGAACCAAAUACCUAUUCCGCAAUGACAAACCGAGCGUUGCGGAUUACUGCGUUUACCCUCUGCUCAACGAAGCCCAGUCGCUGUGCGACGUGUUGCCUUCUCUCAUUAGGCCCAUUGAUAUGGGCACCCAUCCCAAGCUUUCGGAAUGGAUUGACGCGAUCUGCGCAACCGAAUGGGGCAACAGUUAUGUUGACUACUUCGACCUCGUUGCCUUCAAUAAGAGUCUCAUCAUGGACAAGGAAUAUAACUACAACGAAGGUCUGAUGUAGACAAAAAGAAACGCACAAUCGGCGAACGUUGCAAUUCUAUUUAAUUUACAUUAGGCUUUUAUAACAAUAGUCGUAUCGAUCGUCAGUCGGCGACGCGUGUAAUGACUGGCGCUCAAUGAGAGCCCGAAGCUUGUCCAGGACUUCCCGUAUACUCGCGCCUAACAACAAAAGACAAAAGAGAAGGCGUGUGACCGGCCUACCCGUAUUCUUAUUUAGUUAGAUAAUUACUUGUGUGUUUGUAGUCCGGCUCAUGAUCGGGCAGGAUUAAGUCCAUGAGAGAUGUGGUCCGUUCAAAAAUGAGAUAGAUUUCAACUAUAAUCGGUGCAUUUUACUAAGAAUGUAAAAAAAUCUUUUAUUGACCCAGAAUAUGCGAUGGCUUGAUACAGCUGAACAGACAGAUCAAAUAUGUGUGUCUGCUUUAUUUCAACUAAAAUUCAUUCAACAGCUUUCGACACGAGGAAGCGAUGUAAACUAGCUUUUCUGUUUUAGUCGUAAUAAAACAUGAUAAACACAUCGACAUCUGAAUCAUGCCCAGGAUUACUAAGGAUAUUGUUGAAACAUAAAAUAUUUCAUCCUACAUCAUUAACAACUACUAAUCAAUGAACAAUGUAUUGGAAAUAAAUCUGUGUCAUGCUUA